AUGAAGUCUGAAUCGCGCGCGAUUCCCUGCUCUCGGAAGCAUCGAGAACCAUCGACAUUCAUCUGGCCUUUCGAGAGCGUGAAGCGCGAUGCUUCACCUGUUUAUUUCCACCAAGCUGCCACCGCAUUGGGGUGCGACGCCAUUCGCCGCGUCAUUCCACCCCCACCCCCACCCCCGCAGCUGUUCACCUCUCAGCGCCCUCGCGCCAUUCAAGCGCUCACCGCGACGCCGCUUAACAACGCGCGACGGAGGCAGAGCAUUGGCGAAACAGCGGUUUUACGUGCGUUGCAGGAUGAGGGCGAGUACGUGAUGCGGCUGACCAUCCACAAGGUUGAGCGUACCGACGCUGGCGACUACUUCUGCCACGCGGAGAACGCCUUCGGCUCGGCCACGCGGCCCGUGUCGCUGCGCAUCCGAUCGGCGGCGGCGGCCACCAACGUGACCGCGUGCUGCGCGGAGCAGAACGUGGCGGCGGCGUGCAUGGACGCGUGCUCCUUCUACCUGGACGUGGAGGCCGUGAUCGACCGGCCCGCGUGCAUCGGCGACUUCGACAAGCUGAUGAAGUGCGCGGCGGACGGCGCCGACCACCGCGGCUGCUGCGCCAAGGGCGGCGUGCCCCGGCGCUGCCUCGACUGGUGCCGCGGCGAGCCCCUGCUCAACAGCAAGCUGUGCGUGCUGCAGCACACCAAGACCAUCCUCGCCUGCUUCCACGAAGGACGCGACCGGCUGCCGGGCCCGCCGCUGGACGUACGCGUGGAGCACGUGGACGCCCACUCGGUGCGGCUGCUGUGGGACCCGCCGGCCAAGAACCCUGCCGCCGCCGAGAUGUACAGGGUGCUGUGGCGGCAGCGCGGCGCGCGCGCCUGGUUCAAGAACGACACGCGCGCGGCGUCGCUGCGGCUGACGGCGCUGAAGGAGGGCGCGGCGUACGAGUGCGCGGUGAGCGCCGGCAACCGCCUCGGCACCAGCGCGCUCUCCGCCCUCGUGCUCUUCACGCCCGGCUCGCGCGACAAGUACAUCACGUCGGCCGCCUCGGUCGACGCGGAGGGCUCGCCCGCGGGCGUGGCGGUGGGCGCGGGGCUGGCCGUGGUGGCGCUGGUGGCGCUGGCGGCGGCCGCCGUGUGGUACGUGCGCAGGCGCCGGCUGCUGGGCCGCAAGUCGUCGGGCGGCGUAGCGUUCGAGAACCCCAGUUACCUGCGCGAGAUGAACAUGGACCACAUCCAGGUUCCGUCGGGCCAACCGGACGGCAGUGUGGGCGGCGGCGCGGGGGGCCGAGCGGCGGCGCGCCGGCGAGGCGCGGGAGCGGCGGCCGGCGCUGGGCGGGACGGGCCUGGGCGCGAGCCUGGGCCUGGCCUGGCUGGGGCUAGCCCCCAACGGCCGGUCCGCGCGCGCGCCGUCUCCAGCGGUCGCCCACGCUCUCCGCCGCGCACCCUCGAGCGUUGCACGUGCCGCACGUGGCGCACAUGGCCGCGUGGCGGCGGCACCGGCGAGGUCACGCCGUCGCUGCACGAGGAGGCUGAAGCUGGGCCAAGGGCGGCGCGGCUUCAAGCGGCUCAAGUAGCGCCCUGCGCCCCGCCCCCACCCCAAUCCACCCGCCUCCCUCAGGCCCAACCCACCCAUCCCAGUUCGCCGACCAGCGCCGCCGCCUAG